GUAUUUAAUGUUACAAAAAUCAGUCCGUGAUGUUUGUUACAGUUUAGUUUUAACGAAUACUCUUAUAUGUUUUCAUCAUUUUAAUAUUCAUAUACGAAAUCAAAUUAUAUUUACUGUAAUACUAAAUUUAUUUUUAAAUACUAUAUAAUCAUGAGUUUAUGGGCUGACAAAUAUAGACCUCACAAUUUACAAAAAGUGGAUUACCACUUAGCUCAAGCUCAACAUUUAACCAAUUUAGUAAAUCAGGGAGAUUUUCCUCAUUUACUUUUUUAUGGACCAAAUGGUGCUGGUAAAAAAACCCGUAUUCUUGGUUUAUUGAGACAAUUAUAUGGUGCUGGUGUUGAAAGGCUACGAACAGAACACAUGAAUUUUAUGACUCCUUCAAAUAAAAAAUUCGAAAUUAUGACUGUGGCUAGUAAUUACCAUAUUGAAGUGAACGCUAGUGAUGCUGGUAUGUAUGACCGCAUUGUAAUAAUGGAACUUAUAAAAACUGUAGCUCAAACUCAUCAAUUAGAUUCAACUAAACAAAGACAUUUUAAAGUAAUUCUUUUAACUGAAGUUGAUCGUUUAACAAAAGAAGCACAACAAGCUCUACGUCGAACAAUGGAAAAAUAUAUGGCUACUUGUCGAAUUAUUUUAUGUGCUAAUUCUAUUGCUCAAGUAAUUCCUGCUAUAAAGAGUAGAUGUUUAGCAGUGCGUGUGCCAGCACCUACUCAUGAAAACAUUUGUAAUAUACUUAAAAAUAUAUGCAAAAAAGAAGGAUUAAGCAUACCUGAUGAAUUAGCUGUACUUAUAUCUCAAAAUUGUGAGCGUAAUCUUCGACGUGCUAUUCUAAUGUUAGAAGCUAGUAAAGUUAAACAGUAUCCAUUUGAUGUUGCACAGAGUAUAGUGAUACCUGAUUGGCAACUUUACAUUGAAGAAACUGCUAAGCAAAUAUUAAGUCAGCAAACUCCAGGAAAAUUGUUAGAAGUUCGGUCAAUGUUAUAUGAAUUAAUUGUGCAUGGUAUUCCUACUAAUGUGAUAUUUAAGUUUUUAUUGAAGGAAUUAGUGAAAAAUUGUGAUAUGUCAUUAAAACAUAAUAUUGUUGAAAUAGCCUCUCAUUAUGAACAUUGUCUUUUAAAAGUAUACCACUAAAAUUAAUAGAGAAAAAUAUAGUCACGUUACAACAGAAAAAGAAUUUAAUUUUUAAUUAAAAUAAGAAUUGUUUAUUAAAUUAAAAAUACAAUACAUGUGAAAGAAACUAAAAACUAGUUACACAAUGUACUAUGAUGAACUUGUAUAAACUCUAUAAGAAAAAAUGCUUUGUUAUAUUUAUAAAAUAAAUUUAGAAAUACUUAAGAUUGUUUGUAAAUCUAUUGGUCAAAGUUUAUUGAGG